AUGGCAAUUGUUGGACAUCUCGGUUGCCCAUUGGCACUUCUGAUGAUAUUGAUGACCAAUGUUUCCAGUUGUUUCAGCUUCCAACAGACUCUCCCGAUUACUCCGCACGUUAGAACGUCCAUUGGAGCAAUAUAUCACUCAGGCCCUGCGAGUGAUUGGUCGUCUCUAAAUCUAGGAGGACUAUCGGGCUUGAGGAGCUCGGCAGGCCAUCGAUCUGAUGGUCCUAGAAUCCAUGGGAAUGGACGUCGAAAAGCUGCAUCUCUGUCCCUGGCAAAAGGUUUUUUCGAAAACUUGGAGAGUCAGAGUGGAAAAGACUACGAAUGGAUUGCGGCACGACCACCGCUUUCCCGAGUUAUGAUUCGAGACAUCUUGCGGCGGAAGGAAUGCUACAUUUCAGAUUGGACAGACGGUCUAAAGGAUAUGAAGAAAGUUGUACCCGCCAUCCUCUUUCUCUAUUUCGCAUGCCUUGCACCGGCAAUCAGCUUUGGAACAAUUGCAUCACAAAUCACCAAGAAUUCUAUGGGAGUAGUUGAGUUUCUUUUGAGUGCAGGUACUAGCGGGAUGGCGUAUUCAAUAUUGUGUGGUCAACCAAUGGCAUUCAUUGCUCCAACAGGAUUGACUCUAGCGUUCAUUUCAGGGCUCUUUAGGUUCUGUUCUUUGAAGGGGCUUCCGUUUUUUCCCAUUUACUCAUGGGUCGGACUGUGGACAAGCUUUUUCUUUACAGUGCUCGGCCUUGCUGGGUCAAGUCAGUUGAUCCGAUAUUGCACUCGAUUUACCGAUGAAAUCUUCAACGCCUUGCUUAGUCUCAACUUCAUCUACGAAGCUCUAGCAUCUCUUCGCCGAAACUUUAAACAAGCCGACCCCAUGAAUUUGACAAUGCCGUUUGUUUCGUUGGGGAUGGCGUUGACAACGUUCUUCGCAACGAUGAGUGUUACAGCUUUCGAAAGCAGAGGAAGAAACUUCCUUAUACCUUUGAACGAUGUCCCAAUAAAAAUCAAACUCCUAUGUAGUUUGCCUGCCGUGCUUCUCACAGCAUUAUUCUACAUGGACCAAAACAUCAGCGUUCGAGUAGUCAACAAUCCUGAUAAUGGACUGAAAAAGGGAGCAGCUUACAACUUGGAUAUGGUUGCACUCGGACUAAUAACUGGAGUCCUCUCAAUUUUCGGUUUACCUUGGAUGUGUGGGGCUACUGUGCAAUCAAUGAAUCACGUACGAGCGUUGACAGAGACGCAGUUCAAUCCAGAAACUGAAGAAGUUGAAAUUGUCAGUGUUACUGAAACAAGGUUGACAGGUUUUGUGAUUCACGCACUGAUGGCUUCGUCGCUCCUACUACUGCCUGUCAUUCGAUUAGUACCUAUACCUGUCGUUUCAGGUGUAUUUCUAUUCCUUGGGCGGAAACUGAUGAGCGGCAAUUCAUUCUUGAAGCGUUGUCGUGACAGUUUCGUAGAGAAAAAAAGGCUUCCAUUGGACCACCCAAUGCAAAAACUAGGUCGAAAACGAAUGUCCGCGUUCACAUUGGUCCAAAUUCUCUGUCUUGCUGGACUGUGGUCUUUUAAGCAGAAUCCUUCAACUGCCAUAUUCUUCCCUAGCGUCAUUGGGAUGCUGAUGGUAGUUCGAUCUGCAGUUCUGCCAAAGUUCUUUUCAGAAGAAGAGCUUACGGAGUUGGGUGACGCCACACCCAGCAAGCACACUGAUGAAGAUGAAAUAAAUAUGUGA